AACUUCCCCUUCCUGUGGGGGCUGCUGAUGUAACAACCCGUGACAGGGAGGACCCAGCCUCCAAGUGCCAGACCGUGUGUGUCUGUCUGUCCUGCGGGAGCCGUGGUCUCCUCCAUCUGCACAGCCGGGGCCGUGGGAGGAGACGCCAUGACCCCCACCCUCACGGCCCUGCUCUGCCUCGGGAACUCUCUUCCAGGGCUGAGUCUGGACCCCAGGACCCGAGUGCAGGCAGGGACCCUCCCCAAACCCACGCUCUGGGCUGAGCCAGACUCUGUGAUCACCUGGGGGAGGUCCGGAACCGUCUGGUGUCAGGGGACCUUGGAGGCCCAGGAGUACCGUCUGGAUAAGGAGGGAACCUCAGUGUUCUGGGACAGACAGAGCCCACUAGACCCUGGGAACAAGGCCAAGUUCAAUAUCCCAUCCAUGACAGAGCACUAUGCAGGGCGAUAUUACUGUUACUAUCAUAGCCCUGCUGGAUGGUCAGAGCCCAGUGACCCCUUGGUGCUGGUGGUGACAGGAUUCUAUCAUAAACCCACCCUCUCAGCCCUGACCAGCCCUGUCGUGACCCCAGGAGGGAAGGCGACCCUCCAGUGUGUCUCACAGGAUGGAUUUGGCAUGUUCAUUCUGAUUGAGGAAGGAGAACACAAGCUCUCCUGGACCCAGGACUCACAGCGAACCUCCUAUGGGCAGCACCAGGCCCUGUUCCCUGUGGGCCCCGUGACCCCCAGCCGCAGGUGGACGUUCAGAUGCUACGGCUAUUACAGGAACUCCCCACAGGUGUGGUCGGAACCCAGUGACCCCCUGGAGCUCAUUUCCUUAGGACCCACGGUGCACCCCAGCCCCCCAGCCACAGAGCACCCCACAACAGCUGGUCAGGGAAGGUUCCCGGAGGUUCUGAUAGGGGUGUCGGUGGCCUUCGUCCUGCUGCUCUUCUUCCUCCUCUUCCUCCUCCUCCGACACCGGCGUCGGGGCAAACACAGGUCAUCGGCCCAGAGGGAGGCUGAGCUCCCACGUCCUGCGGGGGCUGCGGAGCCAGAGCCCAAGGACAGAGGCCUGCACAGGAGGUCCAGCCCAGCUGCCGACGUCCAGGAAGAAAACCUCUAUGCUGCCGUGAAAGACACAGAGCCUGAGGACGAGGUGGAGCUGGACAGUCGGGCUGCUGCAUCUGAAGACCCCCAGGACGUGACCUACACCCAGCUGCACAGCUUGACCCUCAGACGCGAGACAACUGCGCGUCCUUUGUCCCAGGAGGGAGACCCUCCAGCUGAGCCCAGCGUGUACGCUGCCCUGGCCAUCCACUAGACCAGGAGGGGCCCAGACCCCACACUGCACGGAGGGAGACUCAGGGACCCCACAAAGCACAGGAGCUGCCCUCAGGGGACACUAACCUGUGAACCCCAGCCUGGACCCCUGACAAAGACCACCAGGAGUUUCUGGGAAGUUUUGGGAGUUACCUAAUUCUGCAGAGAUAACUAAUGUUGCCACAUUUUGAAAAUAAAGCAACAGACUUCUUAACAA